UUUGCGACACGCUCGCCCCCGAGCCAUGCAAACGUCAAGAGGCACAUGAUGCUGAGCAUCCUCGUGAGUCCGUUGCAAGUGGGGUGGCAGGGCCAAGCGACAUCAACAUUCUCACUUCACGGUUCUCACUUCUCGGUUCUCACUUCUCGGUUCUCACUUGCGAAGUGAAGCUCCCUGGCAUCGGGAGCGCGGACCAAUUCAGUUUUCGGUUUUGACGUAACGGACGGCAGCGUUUGUGGGUCGUGUGGGGCGGGCCUUGCGGAUGUGCGGAAGGAGCGCCACGGACGGACACCACGGAGCGCAAAAAGGCACACAGCGAGGAUACUACAAAACGCAUGACAGUGUCUACUCCCACUCCACCGUUCCGCGCGUAGUCCUUGACAAAGUAUGACAACCGAGACCUACCUGGACCUGACCUACGAGGGCGGCAAGGGCUCGAAGAGACCGCCCAGACCAAAGCUGCUGAAGCUGACGGAUGUCACAAUACCGCAUCGCAGCCGCAAGAAAAGCAAAGUCAAGACAAAGGACCGCUCGGCCACUCUAGUGCGGGAGCGAAUCUACGAUGACCCCGCCUACACCGAGGACAUCAGCCACCUGGCCAAUCCCAUGCGGCGUGGCAGCGUGCCCGGCAAGCACUCCGCCGAGCAGUCGAAGGCAAAGUCCGACGUCCCCGGGCAGACAGCAUCGGGCAGCGGUCUGCUGAGCAAGCACCAGCUGACCAAGGAGCUCCACCAGUAUGUUUCGGGCAAGCAGGGCAAGUACAAGGGCUCCAACAGCGCCAGCAGCGGGCCCUCAGGGAGUGCCGCUGUCAGCGCCAGCUACGACUGUGGCGGCUCCAGCAGCUCCGACAACGAGACGCUGGAGCCCAUGACCAAGGCCAGCAGCAUGACUCGGCGCGUACGCAGCCUGGAGCGAAGCCUGGCCACGGAGAGAAGCGACAAGAAGGCGACGCAGAAGCGCAACUCCAAGCAGAAGCGGAACCUCAGUCUCGACAACAGUCGACACCUGCUUCCGGGCCAUGCCCAGCAUGGGCCAGGGGCGGGGGCAGGGGCAGGGGCCGGUGGCAAGCCCAGCAGGAAGAAGUAUCCGGAAGGCGGGCCGGAUGCCGCCCAGACGGAGGCCAGCGAGCUGGACGCAGACGUGUACUCCGUGCGGAGCUCAGCGCAGGAUUCGGCGGCCACAGUACCUACGGCGGAGACGGCUGCCGAGACAGCGGCGAAGGUGGCCAUCGGCAAACGCUUCCUGCGCGGCGAGAUCGGUAUCAAAAGCUUUAACUACUAUCUGCUGAAGGAGGGCCUCAAGAGCUCCAAGAAGAUGGUGGGGAAGCAGCGCGGCAGCACGUUGCACGGCGAGGAGGCGGAUCUGGCCUCUGCCAGAUCCGAGAAAAUGCACUCCCGCAGCGAGGAGAACAUCUAUGAGGAGAUCUUCUUCCAGGACACACCCAGCGCCGUCCCCCCUGCAACGACAGCACUGGCCGCACCUCCACAACCCCCUGACAAGGAGCCGCAUCACAGCCAUCCCCAGCAGCCCCACAAGGGGGCGGCACCGGGGGCGCCUCACGCCCUGAUUGGGCCCAGCGAGGGCAGUGCCGUGGGGGUCUUUGCCGACUGUGAGCUCUGCAUGGAGCAGUGCAGCAAGGACAGCUGUGGGUACUGUUUGGCCCAGGCAGUGCAAGGGGUGCGGAAGAAGCAGCAGCAGCAGCAGCAGGGGCAGGGGCAGGGGCAGGGGUACCACGAGGAAACCAGCGAUCCACGGGGCACAGCCCCGGUCGGGCUGCCCGCCGCCCACAUCCUGGAGUUCCAGUCGUACAACCCCAACAAUCCGGGCGUGUACAAAAUCGAAACGACACCUGUGGCCAUCACGGGAGACUACAAUCCGAUACUGCAGUUCCAGCAAUCGUCGGCCACCACAUCGACCUCGACAACAACAACACCCAGCGACCAGCAGCAGCAGCAGCAGCAGCAGCACCAGCAGCAGCAGCAACCGAUCUACGGCGGAUACUACCACCCACAGGCGCACCAGAAGCCGUACCAUGCAGCCAUCGUUGGCAAUCCGCUGGCAAGCCAGUAUGCCGUGGGCGGCAGUCUUCUGCUGGCGACGGCCCACGGCCGCCCACAGCAACAGCAGCAACAGCAGCAGCAGCAGCAGCAACAGCACUAUAUCGUCAGCUAUCAGAAUGGAGGGUCCGUCGCCGGAGGUGCCUCCCUGCAACGCUUGAACACGAAAUCCUCCUCCUCGAGCGACUCCCUGCCCCACCACAAGUACAACACAAUGACGCGGCUGGAGGGGAACGUGUUUGCCGCGCCCACCACAGGGGACCUGUACUACGCGGUCGGCGGGACGGCCCCCCUGCACCCACUGAUGUAUGCGGCCAGUCGGCCGAUCGGCGGCUCCCAGAUACUGAUCGACCCCUACGACCCGCCGCAGAUGUACAAAAGCGACUCGAAGGCCUCCAUCCUGAGCGAGUUCUCGCUCCGCAGCAGCGACAACUCGCAGCGCUACGCGCGCUACGGCGGGGGCCACCGGCGGCAUGGCGGCGGCCGCGUCAGCGACUCCAGCCUCUUUUCGGUGUACUCCAACUCCGGCCAGAGGCGGUACUUCGGCAGCUCGGAGAGCCGCUUCGGAUACGAUUGCCGGCGCUGCAGCCUGGACGGCAUCAUUGGCAUGGGCUCGGCCAUGGGGGGAAUGGGCGGUAUGGGGGCCAUGGGGGCUGCUGCGGCCCCCUCCGACAAGUGCAGCUACUCGGACAACUGUCGCUACGAGUGCAGGAACUGCGACUGUUCCUCCAAUUACUUCAGCUCCGACUUCGACGACUUGUACGGGUCCAUGGCUCGUGGCGGGAGCAGCGGCAUACCACGCAAGACUGCGGCAGGGACGCUGCCCUCCAGUUCGCAGGACGACAGCGCGGAUCUGAAGGAGAAGCCCCCGCCGCCGCCGUUCCUGCAGCAGCAGCAGCAGCAGUUCUCUGCCCCGCAGGACCUCAAGCAGAACAAAUACGCGCAGGACUUCUUCAAGCACGUGAACGACGUGAAGCGCAGCAUUUACCAGUCGGAAAUGCAGAGGAACAACAGUCUGGAGUCCUCCAGACGAGGACCCAGGGCCGGCGGCAGCACUACCAACACUACCAGGUCGAGCCCCAAGCGCGCUGCCUCCCAGGAGCCCAGCCAGGAGCCCGUCGUGACCACGCUGCCCUUGAGCAGGGGCCGUCCGGCCGCAGGAGCCAGGCCCACGCCGGCGCCCCGGACCAGUCUACAGUCGCAGUCCGUACUACCGCCCACGUCCACGCCCAGAGACCCGACACCAACGAAGCGCAAGCCCCCAUCCAGUGGCCGGCGGGAGUAUCCUUCGCUGGACCGACUCGUGGCAUCCAGCACGGGAACGAUACCCAAGAGACACGGCCGGACAACGGCGGGCGCGGACUCCCUGAGUCCGAAGCUUACGUCCAAGUCGAUGGACUCCGAGCCCAAGGACUCGAGGGCGGGGAACGCGGGCGAAGAGCAGUUUACGCCCGGCAAGAGACAUCAUCGGACGGGCGGCACAAAGUCCCACCAGAACGUGCCCGGUCCCAGCACCCGGCGAAAGGACAUCCCCGCCCCCCCUCCACCAUCCCCGGCCACCUACUCCGACCUGCAGGAGCUGAAGGCGAACAUGGAGGGUCUGCAAGACGAUACCAAGUCCCGGAGUCUCGAGAGUGAGACGAACGAAUCGCCAGCGUUGGCCAAGCCCAACGUUGUCACGGGACCCCAAAACGACAAGAACCCAGUGACAAGGCAGGCGGGGGCACCGGUGGCAUCGGUGCCAUCGGUGGCUCCCUUGAAAAUCACAAUCGCUCUGACGGAUAUGGACAUGCAAGCGGAAUCUUCCAACGGAAGUCCACCAUCGGUAUCGGCAUCAGCAUCGGCAUCGGUAUCGGCAUCGGUAUCGGGUAUCGGUGCAGUGGACCAGGACGAGAACGAUGUGUUUUACGAUGCACGCAGCGAGAACUCCGGCGCGGGUUGCCUGCCCGCUGAGCCCCAAACUAAGGGCGCGUCCGGUACGGUGGCAGCCGCCGAGAACAGCAAGGAAACAAUUUACGGCAAAAUGGAACACUCGACCAAGGAUGUCAAUACCUUGUCCCGCACUGGCCCCGUCGCAGGGGGCCCCGGACAGGCGGCGAACAUCUCGGACACACCGGAAGGGAACGACAUUGGUGUUGCCAGCAGCAGCGACGGGGUGGGCACACCCUGCCAUGUUGCCAGCCAAGUGGGCCUGGACACAUGCCUAUGCGAGUCCGAGCUGGCAGACGCUGCACCAAGGGGGGAAGGGAGGGGCGAGGAAACGACAAGCAAAACAAGACACGACGAAAACACACCGACGAGCGCCAACGACCAACAUGCUGCCGCAACAUGUUUGCAGGGGAAGCAGACCAGUUUGCCAGCAACAACAAUUGGCGACGGCACUUCAACAAUCACCAACGCUGGAAACAUCAGCCCCAGCGAGGCCCCAGCCAGCACCACCGAUGUGGAUGUGGAUGUGGAUGCCGAUGCCGAUGCCGAUGUCGAUGUCGAGUUCAGUUGCAAGACGGGCAACACGGACAGCGCAACGCUAACGCACAGCGAUCGGACCCUCGAUAUACCUGUACUUGUGACAGCCGCAGAGAUUCCGGCACAGUCGCGACUACUAACGCGCCAGGACUACGCCUGCCUCGACUCCAGUGAGGCACAAUCGGACGAUAGUCACCUGACCCGCGAUUCCGUGACGCGCGAGUCCCAGAACGAUGAACUCUCCUCGUCGACCCUCGAGAAACUAGACGUCAGCACCCUACCACUGCCCGCCCUGCCGAAGCGCCGUCGGCCCCGCUCCCGUGCCAGUCCCUCGAAGAACUUGCAGCAUCGGCAGCGUCAUGAAGACAUCGACAACGCCAAUGCAGUCGACACAUCGCCAGCAUCGUGCCAGCAACAGCCACACGCUAAGCCAAGACAGCGCGCCGACCCACCAGAGACACAAAAGUCAGAGAUAAGCGCGCCAAAAAACCACGCAGCCGCUCAAAAGCAAAAGCAAAAGCAGCAACAGCCACAGCCCCAGCCCCAGUCGCAGCCGCAGCACCUCUCCGCCUUCCAGCAGUACGUCGCGAAGCGGCGCGAAAGUCUCGAGGCGUCCAACCGCAGCUUCAACGAGAAGCUGGAGGCCCGCAGAAUGCACUAUCGCGUGGGCGGGGGAAGUGCCGCCAAUGUGACGACUGGCGCCAGCAGCGGAGUGCCCACCUAUCUGUUCGGGGAGCACUAUGAGGCGGGGGGCGGCCCCGGCCCUGGCUCCGGCUCCGGGCGCAAGUCCCUGUCGCCCGCCGCCAACAAGGAGGAAAUCUACCUGAACAAGUCCGGCUGGGUGCAGGUGAACACGAAGCGUGGCGGCUUCAAGGAGGACAGUGGUGGCGGCUAUCGACGUCAGCAGAAUGGCGGCCCGGCCUCUGUCCUGCAGGACAACGGCAGGAGUCGAGCGACCGCACGCGCGAUUCCCAUGGACGCGCACGGACGUCGCUCAGAUCUGGCUCGCUAUUCGUUCAUAUACCAGCACCAGCAGCACCAGCAGCAGCAAUCGAACAUGGGCAUCGCGGAGCCCAAGUUCGUAGGGUCCAAAGUGGAGGAGCUGAUACAGCGGAACGAGGCGCGGCUGGGCGGGUUCUCCUCACGGGAUCCCGCCCUGCGUCCGGGCUACCGAAUCAUCGAUCCCCAGCUGGCGAGCAUCCUCAAUGAGCGGCCGGGCUUUCUGCCUGUGAAGAGCCCCAACGACUUGGACUCGCCCAUCACGCCCAUCCUGUCGCCGCCUCCCGCUUUCCAGGACAACAGUCGAAGCACGCGCCAGGUGGACCGCCGCAAGUCGAGUCGCCAGCAGGCGCCCAUCCCACUGCCGGUGCCCCUGCAGUCCGGCGAAGCGCAGCUCAGUCCGCAGCACCUGGCCAACGGGUCCGUCAAGGGCAUGGUCUUCUCCCGCAGCUUCGAGUACGACACGCGACGUCCCACGCCCACCAACAGCUACGUGGAGACGUUCUCCCGCAGCUUCGACGGCAACCUGUCGGAGCGUCCGCUGCACCUGGGCAUGCCGCCGCUGGCAGGACAGCGCGAGCGCUCCCCGAACUUCAGCACGCUGACUGGCAACUCGCCCAACUACCUGACAAAGCGGGAGAGCGGUGGCGGCAGCAGUGGCUCCCUUCGCAGUCGCGACAGCUCGCCCAAGUUCCUGAGUCCCCAGACGACCACCGCCUAUCUGAACACGUCGGUGAAGGAGGCGCCGCCGGCCUACAGCAUGGCCACAGGUGGGGGCGGCACGCAGGCCAAAUACUCACCGCGCUCGCGUCACGAACGGACCUCGGAGCGAUCCAAGAGCCAUGCCCUGGGCCGCUCGCGCAAGUCCCAGUUCAACCGCAUGGGCAGCGCAGGACCUCCGGCAGCGCCGCCCUCCUCCCUGGGCAUGGGCAUGGAAGUCUCCCGCUUUCGCAGCUUCGACACAACAAAGAGCCAGCGCCUGAACUCCUGCGACAGCGGUGCGCGAUCGGAUCUUUCCAACGACGAGCUGGACAACGAGGACGGGGGCCUGAGCGAGUUCCUGUCGGCCGGCAGCCAGAAGUUCCCGAAACCCUGCUCGAGCAGCGUCAGUAUCUCGCCGUUCAAGAUGCAGCGCCAGCGCUCACUCACGCCGGACCGGAACGAGUCGCAUAGCUCGUCGAGCAGCCUGCGUAAACAGCGAUCGCUGACCCCAGAGUCGCGAUCCCUGACGCCCGAGGAGCGACGCAAGAAGGGCUCACAGCUGUCGCUGUUGGGCUCCCGCCAGAACUCCGGUUGCUCCGGAUCCAGGAGCAACACGUUGGAGGCACGGCAACGGCACGAGGACAAGACGCCGCCCAACAUCUCCCGCAGCUCUUCCAGCUCCAGCUACAGUGGCGGAGAGCCCCAUGACCGCCUCAUGGCCGCCGGCACCAGUUCGACAGUGGCCCCCGGACCGGGGUCUGGUUCCACCAGCCAUCGCCGGGCCAUGGCCGCCGCCCACAGUGCCGCCAAGCAGGCGGAGCACGAGCACCGCAUCAGACGGUCGAGGUCCCUGCAACUGAGCGAGCGAUCCCCGAAUCGAGCGCACAAGUCAAUCGUCAACGUGGGUGCCGGGUCCGCCCAGCAGCCGCAGCAGCAGCCGCCACAACAGCCCCCAGGGUCUUCCUAUCAGCAGUCCCGGGUCAGUCUGGGGGUCAGUGGCGUCUUUCCGCCCACCAUUCGCACGUCCCCGGCCAGCAACAAAAUACUGGCCCCCUCGACAGGGUCGUCCGGCAGUGCGACGAGGCCGCGGCAGAACGAGACGGACAAGGCGCGGUCCUUCGACUUUGAUUACAACAACUUCAACCGCAGCGGCGGCGCCAAGGCCAAGCCCCCGCGAUCCACGCACACGAGCGGCAGUGGGGGCGACAGCGGAAGCAACCAGAACCUGCGCAUAGAGCGGGAGACGCGCUCCUUCGACGAGGACUAUCGCGAGGCAGUGCUCAACAACAACAACGGGAGCAGUGGCAGCGUCAGCGUCAGCGGUCUGCGUUACCUGCAGCCUGCGGCCGAGGCCGCCCUUGUGCCGGUCGUCUCCGCCUCGACGUCCCGCCUGAGGCAGUCGAACUCCCCCGUGAACGCCUCCGGCAUCGAGUACGCUGCCUCGCGAUCGCCCCAGUCCUCGGGCUCCUCGUCGAAUGCCCUGCACCAGCCGCAGCGAAAAACAGGCAGCCCCCAGAGCUACGGCACGCGGCUCUGCGACCAUGAGCUCACGUACGAGAUGCUCCGCAAGUCGCCGAUCAUGAACUUCCGCCGCGGAGACAGCAGCGACUACGAGCUGCCCGUCCUGCUCCGGAACAGGGAGACCAUCAACUCCGGCGGCAACAGCGAGCUGAACUUCAUGAGCAACGAGACGCGGAUCUACGAGCACCCGACGACGGUGCUGAAGCCGCAGCGCUCCCUCCGCCAGAGCCCGGGAUCGCGGGACGACAUACCACUGGAGGUGGCCGUGGGCGUGGGGGGCGACUACAUAUACAGGCAGGCGCCCGCCCAGCCGCGCAGCAGCAGCGCCACCUCCCAGCCGCAGUCCCAGUCCCAGUCCCAGACGACUACCAAGAGCUGUAGCAAAACGCUAACAACCUGCGACUAUUGGCCACGUUGCGGGGCUUGUCAGGAGAAAGCCGCGCCCGCGGCCAUCAGGCGACAGUAUUCCCUGCCAGCGGUCUCGACCAUGGACCAGGAGCAGGAGCAGCCCCACGUCACCACCGUGGCGGUUAAUGACAAUGUGGCCAGCGUCCGCCAAUCGUCGUCCAUUCCGCAAUGGACUCUCCUGUGCAGCGGCGUUGCCCACUGCCGUCCGCAGGAGCUGGCAGAGAAUGAGCGCCGACAGCUGAUGGCUGUUGUGCGACCCCGGGUCGUGCCCUUGGCCCCCACAUCACUCGUCCUGCUGGGCGAGGGCGACCUCUACAAAAAGGCCUGUCCACAGGUCCUGGCUGAGGCGGAGGCGGAGGCGGAAGCGGAGACGGAGACGGAGCUGGGGCUGAGGUGAGUGCUUCUUUUUCCU